UAUAUUACGAAACUACCAUUUGCCUUCUCUAUAUGCCCCUUGCGCAGGAAUCAUAUUCUCUUAGAGCUCUUGUACAGAAAUGCAGCUCCAUAACCUCCCUGAGACGCGCUCGCGAACUCCAUGCUCUCAUUCUUACCAUCGCCAAAACUCGCUCUCCUUAUACAUACAACAACUUGAUCUCUAUGUACACUCGAUGCGGCUCACUCUACGACGCACAGCUGAUGUUCGACAAAAUGCCGCAAAGGAGUCUUGUUUCAUUUAAUGCGCUCAUGUCCGCAUAUUCAAAGACUCCUGAUCAUACGUAUUUGGCAUUGAAAUUGAUUACCCAGAUGGAGUUUGAUUGCGUGAGGCCCGAUGGUUCAACAUUCACGAGCCUACUGCGGGCGUCUGGUAUGACGGAGGAUUGGCUGAUGGGUUCUUUGCUGCAUACUCGAGUUUUGAAACAGGGACAUGUAAAUGAUGUAUGUGUUCAGACGUCAGUUCUCGGGAUGUACUCAAACUGUGGAGAUUUGAAAUCUUCAGACAAAAUUUUUGAAUGUAUAGGUUAUAAGGAUGCUGUUAGUUGGAAUUGUAUGAUAGUUGGUAAGUUGAAGAAUGACAAGAUAAAAGAAGGAUUUCAUCUAUUUUGUUGUAUGGUGAGAUCUGGUGUUACUCCGACUCGAUUUACGUAUUCGAUGAUGUUCAAUGCUUGUAGCAGGUUACAAGACUAUUUUUGUGGCCAACUCUUUCAUGCCCAAGUAAUUGUCUCUAACCCAGAUGCUGAUUUACCUCUGCAAAAUGCCUUGCUUGAUAUGUAUUUCAAUUGUGGAGACUUGGAAUCUGCCUUUUCGGUUUUUAGUAGAAUUCGAAACCCAGAUUUGGUUUCAUGGAAUUCAGUGAUUACAGGGUGCUUAAAAAAUGGAAAUGGAGAGAAGGCCAUCGAUCUGUUUAUCCGAUUGCAAAGAAUUUCUUUUCCUAAACCUGAUGAGUAUACUUUUGCAGCUGUCAUUUCUGCAACUGCCCUGUUGCUAGCUUCUGAAUAUGGAAAACUUCUUCAUUCCCAAGUUACAAAAACAGGAUUUCAUGAGAGUCUUUUCGUAGGAACUACUCUGGUAUCAAUGUAUUUCAGAAACAGUGACCCUGAAUCUGCUGCAAGGAUAUUCAGUUCUAUCUCCGCUAAGGAUGUGAUACUCUGGACUGAAAUGAUCAUGGGGUGGUCUAGAAUGGCAAAUGGGGAAUGCGCCAUUAAUUCUUUUCGCCAAAUGUACCUCGAAUGUAACAGUGCUGAUAGCUUUUCCCUAAGUGGAGCUUUAGGUGCAUGUGCAGACCAGGCAACUCUUAAACAAGGUGAAAUGAUCCAUUGCCUUGCUGUGAAACUAGGUUACGAGACUGACAUGUCAGUCUCUGGGAGUCUAAUAGACAUGUAUGCCAAAAGUGGUACCUUGGCAGCUGCUCAAUCUAUCUUUUCUGCACUUUCAAAUCCUGAUUUAAAAUGCUGGAAUUCAAUGGUUCUAGCAUAUGGUCAUCAUGGAAUGGCAGACAAGGCGUUGAUGAUCUUUGAUAGGAUCCUAAAACACGGUCAUAUACCAGAUCAGAUUACUUAUUUGUCCCUACUCUCUGCUUGCAGCCAUGGCGGCUUUGUCGAAAAAGGAAAGUUCUUCUGGGUUCAUAUGAAGGAAAAUGGUUGCCUACCGGGGCCCAAGCACUAUUCUUGCAUGGUAAGUUUGUUAAGCCGGGCUGGAUUAUUAGAUGAAGCAGAAGAAUUAGUUAAUGAGUCACCUUAUAGUGAAGGUUAUCCUGAAUUAGGGAGGACUUUGUUAAGCUCUUGUGUCACUCAUAGAAACUUGAGAAUCGGUGUACAUGUUGCGGAAAAAAUCUUAAGAUUAGACUCAGAAGGCUGUGCAACACAUGUAUUGGUUUCUAAUUUUUAUGCAGCUCUGGGGAGGUGGGAUAGAGUUGCAGAAAUGAGAAGGAAGAAGAGAGGAUUGGCUUUGGAAAAGGAUCCUGGGCUAAGCUGGAUUGAGGUAAGGAACAGUGUUCGAGUAUUCUCUUCUGGUGAUGAAUCGCAACCUGACAUUGAUGAAUCUCGACAAGAGCUACAUAGGCUACAAAAUAACAUGAAAAAAAUAAAUGGUGAAUUUGAUCUGGAGAUUAUUUUAAGUAAAAUGUGA